UCAAUUUUUCAAUCUUUCAUCAAAAUUUCUUCCAGAGAAAAAAAAAUCUCCCCCACAAAGAAAACAACAAUGUCGACAAAAAAGAUCAUGUUGAAGAGCUCAGAUGGUAAAAUGUUUGAGAUUGAAGAAGAGACCGCACGCCAAUGCCAGACCAUAGCUCAUAUGAUUGAAGCCGAAUGUACGGAUAACGUAAUCCCGGUUUCAAACGUGACAAGCGAGAUUCUUGAGAUGGUGAUCGAGUACUGCAACAAGCACCACGUCGAUGCCGCUAAUCCUUGCUCCGAUGAGGAUCUCAAGAAGUGGGACAAGGAGUUCAUGGAAAAAGAUCAAUACACGAUCUUUCAUCUCAUGAAUGCUGCGUAUGACCUACACAUCAAAAGCCUUCUUGCUCUAGCUUACCAAACAGUCGCGGAUAUGGUCAACGACAAUAAAUGGGCUUUUGAAUGAGCGGAUUAUCAAAACCUAAGAAGCUUUUCUUGCUUUUCUUUUCUCUCUUUUAGUGUGUGUUAUUCAGUUUCGUUAUCAAUGUAGAUGAUGGUGACUUCGUCUACGUUCGACAAUCUAAUAAUGAAAGAAGCUUUCUUUCUGUUCUUUUUUCUUUUUCUUUCUUCGUUAGUGUGUGUUUUUCAAUUUCUUGAUCAAUGUAGUUGAUGAUGACUUCAUCAAAGUUCAAUAAUCAAAUAAUGAAAGUAGACAUAUAUUUCGUUUA